AAAAGCAUAACAGGUACAGUAUCAAUUUAAAAUCAAUCUUAUUGUUGAGUUAGUAGGAUAUGAAUUGGUUUAACGGUCGUUUUAUUUGAAUUUCGAAUAGCGCGUGCCAUAAGGGUGCGCGUACGCCGCGACCCCAAGUUUUUUUGAAAUAGGUACAGUUGACGGUUAUCCGUUGAACGAGACAUACGUGUACAUUAUUAAUAAUUAUGAAGUAAUAAUAAUAUAGUGAAGUAAUAAUAUAGGCUAGAAAAAGUAUACCUAAACAGAUUAAGAAAGGUGUACGUAAGUGAAUAUUUUAAUAAGUUUAAAAAGUGAAGUGUAAAAGUUGCGUUCUUAAAAAGUGAUCGUUAAAUUUUGAAAAAGUGAACGGGAAAGUCAAGUGUUUACGAGAUCUUAUGUAAUAGGUGAAACAUUGUGACUUUGUAAUAAUAAUAAAGCAAGUAAUAAAAGGACGAGAGCACAAUACCUUAACGGUCAUGCUUUGAAGCACACCCCUUUCUAAGAAACUCAACGGAACCACGCACUCGGGGAAACCUUACGCUUAUAAUAUGGAUUCGCCUAAAAUAGUAUAUAAAUAUUACUCAAACCCGGCCUUUUGCGGGCAGAGCGAAGCUUACACAAAAUAUGUCAAAAGUCCGGACAGAAGAAUGUCUCCGCUAGGCGGGAAUUCGCCAAGAAAAGUCGAAUACAGCAACAGGAUACUGAGGACAGAUAUUUCUGAUAAUCCUUUAAGGAUAUCGCCAGCAGGCGCUAUGAGAAACAGAGAUGAGCCUCCAGAAUUGCCGCCGAAACCGCCGAAGUUCCAAAAACAGUUCCAUAGGCAGUCUUCUUUGAUGUGCAAGCCUACACGAACUCCAGUCAGAUGUAGGACAAGGAGUGAAGACUUGGAAAUGGCACAAUUUAAAUUACAAAAGACUAAAUACGAUAGAAACGCUGAAAGGGAUGAUGGUUUGGAAGACAGCCGUGUUAAACACAGGUACGAAGUUAUCAGAGACGAUUUUGAUGAUCUAGCAGACUAUUCUCCAACGAAAAAGAGGAUAAUAGAAGCGAAUGCCAACGAAAUAGAAGAAUAUAACGUCGACGCGCCAGAUGAACACGAAUUGAAAGAAAUACCAACUGAAAUUGUCAAGACUGUAAAUGGAAAGACGCAUAGAUACGCAAUAGUACCUUCAGACGAUGACGAACCAGUUAAAAAAAACAGUGUUACCAUAUCAAGCCCUGUAAUGACUAAAAAGAAUAUAAUAGCGACACAGAAACUACAUGAACUGCUAUCUACGCCUAGGAAAUUAAAGAGCUAUGCCAGUCAACCGUCUGUAAGGAUAACUCCUAAUAAGGCUACAAGUCCAAAUCGGUAUACAGGAACUCCUCAAAAGAUUACGCACAGUACACCUACUCAUGGCGUUACUCCUUCAAAAUCAUGUGCUAACUUGACGUCUCCAAGAAAUGCCACGUCUCCUAUAUCUCCAAAAGCUCAACAGAAGUUACAUUACGGGACUCCAGAAGAGUUUGAAAGGCAUGAUGUGUUUGUGACUAGUUUUAGGGAGAAGAGUCGGGAGCGGAGUUUUGAUAUGGACAGGAGAGAAAUAAGUAGGGAGAGUAGGAGGGAUUAUGAAAGAAGGAGUCCAAAGAAGGAGAAGAAGAGUACGGCGGUUAUUGUUCCCAGGGUAGCAGCACCACCAUCAGUGUACUCCGAAGAGACAUACAAAUCCUUCAACAGCACGAAAACCAUGAGCGCUGCCGCCGCGUCACUCACUAUAGCAGCUUUGAUGCUGACUCUGAGCGGUGGACUUACUACUGGACUUAGCUUUUAUAUGAUGUAUACGCUUGGCCGACGGUACUAUCUAGACUUUGGAGUGCUCGCGGGCUUCACCUGUUUCCUUUUGGGGCUUUUAGGACUGCGCUCGCGCCGCCACCAGCUGCUGCCGAACAGGAACUACAUUUCAGGCUACAUCGUUCUCUCCUCCUUCUCCCUCCUCAGCGCCUUCGGUCUCCUCCUGCUCCUCUCGAUCCAGCCCACGCCCGGGACGCCGCUCAGCGACAUAACCUCAGGCGCCGUGUGCGCCGUGUCCGCAUUAUCGUUGUUCGUGGCGACCUUGGGAGUUUUAGCUUCGUACUGCUGUGCGAGAGAUCCGCCGGAUAAUAGAGUAGGGACAGUGAGAUGGCAUUAG